UUUGACCCCAUGGUCCUUUUUGAUGGCGCCAGUUACAAACCUGUACCUGAAUCUGCUCGCAGAUUAGAAGGAUUACUUUGGAGAUUUCAAGCACUGUUUUUGUGUGUGUUUCUUCGCCGUCAUCGGUGUGUUUUCGUGAUGACUUCCAGUUUCUUUCAGUAGUUUUUAUGUGUGUCAAAUGUUUGAAGAAAUGAACUGUUUGGGUGUCAGAAAUUCGUCACGAUACGCCGGCCUCGGCCAACUCGCCCCGUGCUAACCAUGCGAUCAAUUCGUCCCUAUAAACUGCACUCCGACACGCGGAGUAGCUGAACGUGUGCAGCUGGCCGACCUACCUGUAGACGCCUGCAUUCUCCGUGCCCUGCUGCAUAGUGACUCUGCUUGCCUGUGUGUACGACCGAAGGACCAAUGGACUGCUCAUCACCUCAUGAAAUUCUAUUUCCUUUUGCCGAGCCCGACGCAGUUUACCUGGCUUCAACCGAUGAAGGCACAUCUGUUGAAAUCCCACUCCCCUUCAACAUGGCAGUCUUUGACCAGAAUCACGGCUCAUUAUAUGUGAACAUCAAUGGAUCGAUAUCCUUCGAUGGCGCCCAAAUUCCUUUCGUUAACAUUCCCCAGAGUGGCAAUAAACAUCUUAUUCUGCCCUUCUUCUCCAAUAUAACGACUGAACGAGUUGGAUUUGUGACCUAUCGUCAUUUCCUUCGGACACCUGAAAAUGAGAGGCUUUUCUGUGAAGCGGAUGAAAUAGUGGGAGACGUGUUUUCCGGUCAGUCAAACUUUUCAGCAUCUUUCAUGUUGAUUGCAACCUGGUAUAAGGUACCAUCUAAAACGCCCGGACCCACAAGGAACACCUUUCAAGCUGUCUUGGUGACUGAUGGCACCCGUUCAUUUGCUAUGUUUAAUUAUGAAGAUAUUCAAUGGAGCUACGCGCAGCGAGACCAGGUUGGCUUCGAUGCAGGUGACGGCGUCAAUUUCUACCUUAUAUCUGAAGCCCGUACCGCUGAUAUCGUGAAUAUCGAUGAAAGGUCCAACAUCGGAAUCAGAGGACGCUGGUUGUUUCGUAUCGACCAAUCAUCCGUAGAGCUUCCAACCAUGAAUACCACGGCAUGCGAGAUUGCCACCACCUGUCAUAUCCCAGAUGGAGCUCAGUGCGAAGGUGACGGUAAUCCUCAAGGGUGCACGUGCUCGGGUUCACCUCAACAGUGUUCAUGUUCCUUAGGAUUCUUCGGCCUGGAUUGCUCAAAAAUCCUAUUUCCUUUCGGUCUAAGAGACGAUAUAGUUAAUAACGGCGAUUUUGACAGUUCUGGCGAAAUUCCUAUUCCAGUCGAGUUUCCCUUCUUCGGCCGUUAUUUCAACUCAAUCUUUGUGAAUAUCAAAGGACUACUCUCAUUUACCAACAAAAUAACCUCCAUCACACCUUUGAGAUUUCCUCUAGCUAAUGGCAUUCCCAGUAUUGCUGUCUACUGGGCCGACGCAAUUACAGCAGACUUUUACCAUGGAAGCGUACAGUAUCGUUACUUUUUCCGCAACACCACUACAAGGAAUGCUAUGUUGUUCCGUCAUGCGGAUGAAAUCAUCAGACGGGUUUUUACGAGCCAGUCGGAAUUUUCAGCGUCCUGGAUGAUGGUGGCGACCUGGCACAAAGUAGAUUUUAUUAGGACAACUAAAUACGAUAAUCCCGGAGAUAUUUACAAUACAUUUCAGGGUGUUUUGGUGACCGAUGGUGCGCAGUCUUUUGCCAUUCAUAAUUACCAGAAGAUAAUAUGGACAACUGGUCAAUUCCAUGCUGGAGAUAAUUUUGGACUUGGAGGAAUUCCAGCACUGGUUGGUUUUCACGGUGGCGAUGGCAUCAAUUACUACGAAGUGCCUGGGUCACAGAGCAAUGACAUUGUCAACAUGGACCAGAGAUCGAACAUUAACACGAUCGGUCGUUGGAUUUUCCGCAUUGACCUCCCAGAAAUACAAGGACCAGUUGUAAUGAGUUGUCCAUCUGCCAUUGUACACAACGGAAACACAUUCUGGAAUCCCCUUAGUGUGAUGGCCUUUAACCUAACCGAUAGUUCAACAGUGUCAGCCUCAUGCAACAUACGUCACCUACGUGGUGGUAGAGACACCAUCGUGACGUCAGAUUACCUACUUCCCAGUUAUGCUGCAAGAAUCACCUGUUACGCACCAAGUACAUCUCCAGUUGCAACCUGUAGAUUCGACGUGACAUUUGAUAACGUGGCACCAGUUUUUCAAAGUUGCCAGUCUCAGGUCGUGUACGCAACACCAGGAACCAAUCAGAGUAUAGUCGUCUUGGAUCCUGACUUGUUUUCUGCUAUUGAUGCUGUCGGCGGCCCAGUUUCUGUCAGUUGCUCAUUUCUAAACGAGGACUCGGUGAGGGUGUCCGUCGGAUUAAAUAGUACCUUCCCCCUUGGAAUGAUGACAGUGGAUUGCGAGGCAUCUGAUGCUGCUGGCAACACUGCCUUCUGUCAGCUUAAUGUAACCGUAUUAGAAUCACCACCACCUACCACCGAGCAAAUGCCAACAACUGGACCAAAAGACUCAACAACUUAUGAUACAACUAAUGGUCAGAUAUUAACAUCAGAGACCACUGAAAUCAAAACACCAGUGACUGCAGUAACUAUGUCCCCAGCAACUGACGACCAAACACCAGCGACUGCCGCCACUGAAUCCUUAUCAACUGACGACCAAACAGCAGCAUCUGACACAACUGUGGCCCUGUCAACUGACGACCAAUCACCAGCUACUGCCGCCACUGUGGACCCAUCAACUGACGACCAAACACCAACAUCUGAUGCCACUGAGUGCCCAUCUGACGACCAAACACCAGCAAUUGCUGCCCCUAUGUCCCCAUCAACAGACGACCAAACACCAGCAACUGCGGCCCCUAUGUCCCCAUCAACUGACGACCAAACACCAGCAACUGCCGCCCCUAUGUCCCCAUCAACAGACGACCAAACACCAGCAACUGCGGCCCCUAUGUCCCCAUCAACUGACGACCAAACACCAGCAACUGCCGCCCCUAUGUCCUCAUCAACUGACGACCAAACACCAGCAACUGCCGCCCCUAUGUCCCCAUCAACUGACGACCAAACACCAGCAACUGCCGCCCCUAUGUCCCCAUCAACUGACGACCAAACACCAGCAACUGCCGCCCCUAUGUCCCCAUCAACUGACGACCAAACACCAGCAACUGCCGCCCCUAUGUCCCCAUCAACUGACGACCAAACACCAGUAACUGCCGCCCCUAUGUCCCCAUCAACUGACGACCAAACACCAGCAUCUGCCGCCCCUAUGUCCCCAUCAACAGACGACCAAACACCAGCAACUGCCGCCCCUAUGUCCCCAUCAACUGACGACCAAACACCAGCAACUGCCGCCCCUAUGUCCCCAUCAACUGACGACCAAACACCAGCAACUGCCGCCCCUAUGUCCCCAUCAACUGACGACCAAACACCAGCAACUGCCGCCCCUAUGUCCCCAUCAACUGACGACCAAACACCAGCAACUGCCGCCCCUAUGUCCCCAUCAACUGACGACCAAACACCAGCAACUGCCGCCCCUAUGUCCCCAUCAACUGACGACCAAACACCAGUAACUGCGGCCCCUAUGUCCCCAUCAACUGACGACCAAACACCAGCAACUGCCGCCCCUAUGUCCCCAUCAACUGACGACCAAACACCAGCAACUGCCGCCCCUAUGUCCCUAUCAACUGACAACCAAACACCAGCAACUACCACCCCUAUGUCCCAAUCAACGGACGCCCAAACACAUGACGGCACCUCUGAGUACCCAAGUGGCUAUCAAACAACAGCAACUGACUCGCCGACUCCAGUCUGUGAGUUGACAGAAUCAAGCUGUCAGCAAGGAACAUUUGAUGAAGAUCACUGUGAGUGCGUAUGCCCGGUGUCUAUAUCUGGGAGAACCUGUCAAGUUCCCAACCCAUGUUUAGAUCCCACCCUCUGCCCUGGGGAGGAGGAGUACUGCGUGGCAAACAUCUUCAACCCCGUUGGCUAUGAUUGUGUUUGCGAUGCCUUACUCGGAUAUCUCACGGAAGAUGGUGGAUCCUGUACAAGAUAUAUUGCACGCGUGUUCAGACUCAGGGUUUUGGGUAUCAACGGAAUCGCCGUCGACUUUCUGCCUGCGUUCGGUAAUCCCACUUCGUCUGCCAGUAGUGAAGCUCUUGGUAUCAUUCGGGGAGUACUGCUCUUUAUUCUGAAACGAAAUCCACUGACAUCUGCCGUGCGUGAUGUUACUGACAUCAGUAUCCUCAGCGGAGGAAGCAUCAUUGUCGAGUUUGUGGCUUUGUACAAUAACACCGACACGGCACUGGUCGUGCCAUCUGUGCAGAUCAUACAGAGCGUUCUGCAGACUCAAAGUAGACUUGAGGGGGAAUCGGACUAUCUGGCAGUGGACACACAAUAUGUCACCACAGAACAAACAACAUCAACCUGCCCUAUGAAUUACUGUGCAAACGGUGGAACGUGUGACAUAGUUGGACUGUACCCGAUGUUUACCCUAACCUGCAGAUGCAGUACUUCCUUCACUGGUGAACAUUGCGACAGCGUCAUCCCGCUCAUGGGAGUCGUACCAACCGCUCCCCGCACGGACGCACCGACCGAACCGCCCGGUGAAGGUGUUUUACCCACCAUCUUGAUCAUUGUAAUUAUGAUAGUGGUAUUUGUUCUGGCAUUGCUCAUCCUGGGAUUCUUGUGUAUCAUGAUGAGGCGUCGUAUUAUUUUGAAUCGCAUCCCAAUCGCCUUCAAGUCGCCCGACCGUCCUUCUACUGGUCGGGGACCAGAUUUCAGUAGGCGGGUCUGGAGGGCCGAGGACGAUGCCAAUAUCGCCGUCUUCGCUCCCGCUUGGCAACGUCACCUGGGCACAAGAUUUCCUGCUCGGGCUGUGAAUGGAGUACGCAGCGUGCCCCAACUACAGCAGAUUCCACCCGAACGAAGCAGUGACUUCAUGACACCGUACAUGGUACCGGACUUCGUGGAGAUGCCGCUUCAUGAGAACCAAGGGAGACCAAUGGAACACUCCAAAGGUCAGUAUUGGCCCAAUCCCGCAUAUUCCGGCCAAUACUAGAUCACACGGCCUAUACGGGAUAUGAUGAUAUCAACAUUAAUUUGUAACCAGUAAAAUGAUAAUGGAUGAUGGAGUAUUACGCAGACAAUAUUAGAAAUGGUGUGUGGUUAUAUGACUUACUAUAAUCAAUUAAUUCACAUGGUAUGAUUAAGGAGUUUGUGGUAAGAUGUACUGAUAGUGUGUAUUAUCCAUGUUGAUUUAUAGGUGUAUAUCCAUUUUAAAUCUCCAUUUAUAAAUACCUAGGACUGAGAGCCCGUCACGUGGCCGGUUUUAAACAAUUGAUAAAGACUGGCUGGCUGGACUUAAACACAUUUUUAGUGUAGCGUGAAACUUUGACUCCUAUGAAAUCCAGUGCCUUUUACCGUUUUAUUGAUUACCUUCGGCUCGGGUAAUAAUCAGCAUCUGGACUCCAACUGGUCUUAAACAGAGUGUUUAAAACCGGCCAAUCACACUUUUAUUCCCUUAAUAUAAUAUGUUCAAAUUUUGUCUAUAUUACCUUAUCUUAUGGUGUAUUAUUAUUAUAUUACUUAUGUUUUAUAAGCAAAAAUGCACUUAUAGCCGCCAGACGUUAGAGACAGAAGUAGUUCUUACAUGAUUAGACAUCACCGAUAGGAGCGAUAUGUAAACGCCUGUAUCAUAUUAAUGCAUACAUGCAGUAUUUAGUAAGUAUUCAUUACAAGGUUGUGGUUCUAAUUAUAAUUUGUAUGAAAUAGUUGUUUUAUGUUUGCCUCAUUAUUAAAGUUGAAGUGAUAAUCGUUUCUGUACAGAAACUGAAAUAUAUUUUACCUUUUACAUAAUUAUAACAUGAUCAGUGUGGAAGGAACUUUCUAACAACACGUAAAGCUAAUGCUGGUCUUGUCAAGAAAACGACAUUAGAUAUGCAUGUAAUGGACCAAUCAGGAGAGGGAAAUCCCGAUCAGUUACAGGGAAAAGAAACGGCAAAUGAUUAUAUUUUUGUAGCAGUUCAAUUAUGGACGAUCGUAUAAUUAUAACGUGAACAAUAUUAGAAAUAAUGUGUUUUUAAAUACUUAAGUAUACUUCAGUAAUUCAUUUUAGCAUAAUCAAUUUAUUCAUGUAAUGGUUAUGGAGUUUGUGGUGAAACAUGUACCGAUGGUGUGUACAGAGUGUGCCAAAAAAGUGCAACAUUCAGAAAACAGAUAAUUAAAACUGUUUAACGUUUUUUCUCUUCAUAAAAGUUCUAUAUAUCACAUAAAAGCCUGACUAUUUCUUAAUCCACUCUCUUUUACCCCAUUCAAUUUGGGUCCCUAGAUCCAGAAAUACAUUCAAUUAAGUAGAAGGGUGUAAAUUUUACUUGGGCCCCUCUAUCUCACCUGGACAUGCCGAAUCUAGGUCAUGCAUUGAAUAGGCAUUGACUCACAAAAGAAUUGUGCCUUAUGAACAGUUCACGGAUCCUAUACACACAAGGAUGAACGACACACGCCGCGCGUUUGUUCAUAGUGUAAAUCGAGCAUUUUCUUUUAUUCCUCUUCCGUUUUCCUUUGUUAAUUCAUUUUUUUGCAACAGCUCUCAUUGGUUUUGUACACGUCUUCUAAUCGAGGUCUUCCUCGAUUUGGUUCCUGUCCUCAAUUCAUCGAUGAUGUUGCAGGUGUGUACAUGUGCAUGUCCUCGAUUUGCACCAUAAACACGCACUGCCAAACUCUUGGUUAGAAGCGCGAAAAUGGCCCGUACAACUGUUCUGCCUAUGACAUUACACCAGGUUUCCGUUAAAGUGGCUUUUUUUUUUUGGUCAAUGUUGCACUUUGUUGGCACAAUCUGUAUUAUCCCUGUAGAUUUAAGGUGUAUAUCUUAAUUAUGAAUAACUGUGAAGCGCUUUGAGGCCUUUGGUAUAAGGCGCUACAAUAGCACCACAUUAAUUAAAUCUUCAAAUAAUCAAGGGGGAAAAUAGCGGCCUUGCUGUGAUUCUCACCCUUGUCACAGAAGAGGACAAGAGACAGGAAGCCGACUCCAAUUUUCAUUCAAGUUCAGUCAGAAAUGUAUAUUUAAUACCUUUCAUUGUAAUCUUCUUCUUUUUUUUUACUGUACUAGAAUCAAUGUGAUUGCGUUAAACGAAUCACCCAAAACUUCAGUAUAUAUUAGGUACCGGUACUUUACUUAUUUUGUUAUUAUAAUAAAAACAAAUGGGUUCAUUA